CUUUGUCUGAUGGAUCUGUUUACACUAUCGCACACUCCGCAAGUGAGUUUAAUAUCGGCACUUCCUCCUCAUAGUGGACCGUAGGAACUGACAGCACUUCACUUCAGCAACUUUGAGCCGAGCGUGUUCACCAUCAUCACUCUUCCCUCGUCUUGAGCAGCGGGAUGGCGAGGCGGCCUAGACACAGUGUUUACAGUAGUGAUGAAGAUGACGAUGAUUUGGAGAUUUACGAUCAUGACUAUGAUGGUCCUCAUGCCAAGACAGGAAAACGUCACCUUGGCAAGACACGCUGGACCCGUGAGGAGGACGAGAAGUUGAAGAGGCUGGUGGAGCUUCACGGUUCAGAAGAUUGGAAAGUCAUUGCCAGCUUUCUGCCCAGUCGCACAGAUGUUCAAUGUCAGCAUCGCUGGCAGAAGGUUCUUAACCCUGAACUCAUCAAAGGACCGUGGACCAAAGAAGAAGACCAACGGGUAAUCGAGCUGGUUCAGAAGUAUGGCCCGAAACGUUGGUCUGUGAUCGCCAAGCACUUAAAAGGUCGGAUUGGCAAGCAGUGCAGAGAACGUUGGCACAACCACCUGAACCCCGAGGUGAAAAAGACCUCCUGGACCGAAGAAGAAGAUCAGAUCAUCUACCAGGCUCAUGAGAAACUUGGAAACCGUUGGGCUGAGAUAGCCAAGCUACUUCCUGGAAGGACUGAUAACGCCAUAAAGAACCACUGGAACUCCACCAUGCGGCGGAAGGUCGAACAGGAAGGCUACCUGCAGCAGGCCGCUAAAGCUAGCCCAAGUCCGCUAAACAACGGCUUUGCAAAACCUCCUCACCUCCUAAAUUAUAAUCAGACACCAAGCAGCACAUCCAUGCCCGCCUCUUCUAUGAGCAGUCAGUACCCGUACUACAUGUCCGACUCGCAGCGGGUUCCAUUUCCACUUGCUCUACAGCUGAACAUCUUGAACAUUCCACAACAUGGGACUGCUGCUAUCCAGAGACACUACAGCGAAGAAGACCCAGAGAAAGAGAAAAGAGUGAAGGAGAUUGAGAUGCUGUUGAUGUCAACAGAAAACGAGCUGAAGGGACAACAGGCACUACCGAUCUCCAUGGCCGGCUAUGGUGGAUGGAACCGAGGUUCUUUGACGGACGGCUCCGUGGGUGUGGCAGUCUCCGUCCCCGCCCCAUCCCUGGAGCAGGGCUGCCUUCCAGAAGAGAGCGCCCAUGGCAACACAAACAGCCCAAACAAUGACAACAGCUCCACCUUACCGGAGUUUAUUGACGCCAUUGAUUCGUUCUUCAACGCCUCAGUGAGCCCGCAUGCAGACAGUCAAAAUUUACCUGUCACGUCUUCACCUGCCUGUUCCCAGAAAGCACUGCAGCAUGACCUUGUUCUCCGACCUCAGAAGGAAAAUGAGCUGUUCCGGACCGCAAAUCUGAGGCGCUCUAUCAUGGAGUGUUCCACUCGCACACCUACUCCGUUCAAGUCCGCACUGACAAUUCAAGACACGAAAUACGUACCACUAAAAAGGGCUCACAGCCCUUCACUGAACACUGGUGUGGUCGGUACUAUCAAGCAAGAACCCCAGGAGUGUGAGAUCAGUGUCGCUGGGGUGCACCUGGACCAGCCCCCCCUAAAGAAGAUCAAACAGGAGGUGGAGUCACCUUGUCUACAGUGGGAGGGACAAGAUCUACACACCCAGCUCUUUCCUUCCAAUGGCUCCAGCCAUGACAUACCCGAUCUGUUGACAAGCUCUGUGCUCAUGCUUUCUGCAGAGAAAACUGAGGGUGGACACAAAAGUGCCCACUUGCCCCGUAAACCUGUGGGAAGCCCUCUGCAGCAGCUGAGCACAUGGGAACAAGUGCUUUGUGGGAAGGUGGAGGACCAGGCGAUGCCCUCCGAACCCACACACAAAUACCUCAGCAAUUACUCUUCACGAGCACUGGUCAUGUAAAGAGACAAAACACGAGGAGGAGGGGGAGACGAGACAAUCAUUCUGAGAAGAUGUAAAAAAAACACUCCAACACUUAUAGUACAUAAUUUGGGAGAGGCUAAAAGCCAUUUUUUAGACUGCACAGUCAAUGUUAAUUGCCAACGUUUAAGCUGUGCCAUCUUUUGUUUGAUUCAACCAACCAAAGACAUUAUUCAUGUGGACAUGUUGUUUUUCUACUUUUUUUAUUUCGUUUUUAAUAAUAUUGUAUUUUGUAUGAUAAUAUUUUGUAUUAUAUGGGAAAUUAAUUCUCUAUGUGGGUUCUAAUUUUAUGGAUUUUAAUAUAAGGAACUAUUUUCAGUAAUUUAUUAUUUUGUAUUAAGAAUAAUAAUUAACUACGGUGGGCAUAUCUGUCAGUGUUUGACCCCAGUAUUUGGGCUUCCUGCUCAUCUCUUAUUUGUUAAGUGUGUGUUAAUUGUAAGGAGUGUGUGUGCUCCUAGCAUUAUCAAAAUCAUACAACCCCCCCAAAAAAACUAAAUCGGAUUUGUACCAUGUAUCUGUGGGUGUCAAACAGAACUGCUCUUGAAAAGAGCAUAUGUAUUUCAAUCUAAUGCCAACAAAACUGCUGUGGUGUAUUCCAAAAUGAGAAUUAGUCGACUGUUUGUUAUUCGUGCCCAAUGCCAAUCACUUUGCCAAGUUUGAAAAUUCUUGCCGAAUUCUGACGUUAGGUGAUAUGUGUAGUGUACAAAGGUACUUUUCCAAGUUUAGUAGUGUUGCCAUUUCAAAAGAGUCUAAGAUCGAAACCACAAUGUCUUAUUGUAUUAGCACUAUUUCAAAAUUUAGAUCAACCAUGCAGAGAGAUUUCAACAGAACAAAAAGUGUUUUUUAUAACAAUUUUUGUAUGUGCUAAAUAUAUAAAAAAAACGUUUACCAAGCAUUUUAAUCAAGGGUUUAAAUGGUAAUAUUUUGCCUUUGAGAGCAUGAAACAUUUCUUUAUCGUUUUUUCAUAAACACUUUUUUUUAUGUCAUUUCUAAUCAGAUUUACAUUGGUAAUUCUAGUUUUAAAAACACUGAUUGUUGCUUUUAUACCUAGCUUGUUUUUUAUAUUACAAUCAGCCUUUGAUACUAAGAUUGCAGUGUCCAAUCAAAAGCAUUUAGCAGUAACGUUUUUGUUAUUCGCUGCCUUUUUGUAUUAGCUUCAAGUACAAACACUUUUUUACAUUGAUUAUGAACUUUUCAUACGUUUUUAUACAGACUUUUUUAUAACUGCCUUGUAAAUAAA